UUCCUGAUAGUUGUAACAAAAUGAUAUCACAAGUAAUUUUGAAGUGUUUUCUUUUCUUAAAACCGACUUAACUCAGCAUUAAAUAGAACAAAAUUCAUCUGAAGCAUGAUCAGGUGGUUCCUCGUCUGUGUAAUGUUGAGUGGCUACAGUUCUAUCAAUAUUAAGCAACUGAUCACAGAGGAUGACACGGGAAGUCUUAGUAACGUGGUUGUUACCAAUCAAAGUUUGAUUAUUGGAGCUACAAAUGUCAUAUACCAAAUGGACCUUGAUCUAAAUUUAAAGAUUAAAAUCAUCACAGGUCCUCAGAACGACUCACAGAAAUGUGGAAUUUAUUUGGACAGCUGUGCUACCUUGCUUGAACCCAUGGAUAACCACAAUAAAAUUCUGUUGCUUCAUUCCAAUCAGAUUGUAAUCUGUGGAAGUAUUUUCCAGGGAAAAUGUGAAAUUAGAAAUGUCGAAAAUAUCAGUGAGGUUGUUUUUAUUGGAAAUACUCCUGUGGUUUCCAAUGAAAUUGAUGUAAAAACAAUUGCAUUCAUCACACAAGUUAUGAAUAGUGCUACAAAAGGAACGGAACCAAUGAUUUAUGUAGCAACCGAAUAUACAAGAUUUGACAAGUCCCGAAAUUUAUUGGAAUUUAAUCUUAGACGAUACCAUCCUCUUGUUAGCACUCGACUUUUUGAUUUUUCGCUGCGUGGAAAAAUUGCCUAUGAAACUGAAAACAAAUAUAUGAAACCCGGAUUGAUAUCAUAUGUAAAGGGAUUCGCUUCCGGAAACUACAGCUAUAUUGCUUUGAAUGAGAGGAAUCCAGAUGAUACAACACAUCACUCUAAAAUUGCUCAUAUGUGUAAGAGGGAUGACCUAUUAAAAACUUUUUUGGAAAUACCAUUAACUUGCAAAUCAAAUAUGAAGACUUUCAACUUUCUGAAGGCUGCAAAGAUAUUUAAACCCGCCCUGAUAUUAUUGAAAUCCUUGCAGGAACAGUUCCCCGACCUGAUGUCAGAAGAUGAUGUCAUAAUCGGACUUUUCGGUCAAAGUGUAGAAAACAGUUCAGCUAUAUGUCUGUUCAUUAUGCCAGAGGUGACAAAGAAAGUCUUAACCAAUAUAAAGACAUGUCUAAACGGAAGCACAGACUAUGCAGCCAAUCUAAAAUACAAAAGUGGAUCAAAAUGCACAAGAGUAGACUUGACUUCAUUUACUGAUAAGGAGUUGCUGUGCUCUAAUACCCUCAAUCUGAUAGUGGAUGGGAAAACUCCAGUAGUUUCUGCGCCGGUCAUCCAGUUUCCAGCAACAGAAGACAACCCGGAAUCUUUGGCUGUCACUAUCACAGGAGAACACACUGUAGCUUUCCUUGGUACCUCCAAUGGGCAUAUUAAAAAGGUAACAUACAUUUGCUAAGUAAACCGAACGACU